AUGAAAAAAUAUGCUGAUAUAAGAUGUGGAAACGAUGCUAUUGUAAUGCCUGUAAAGACUGAAGAUGAUUACAAUAAUUUGUUCAACACUGUUCUUUGUAUGUUUUUUGGUUACUCAUGGGUUGGUGUGGAAAAGAUAGAUGGAGAGUGGAAAAAUUUAGACGGAAGCGAUGUACCAGAUUCGAUUUGGGCUGAGGGAGAACCAUCUGAUAAAGGAGAAUGUGGGUUGCUGUCAUGCGAAUACAAUUAUAAAUUAGUUGCUGAAGAAUGUAAUACAAAGGGAGGAGUUGUGUGUAUAAAGAAGGAAAAGAAAAGUACUACAUCUACUACUACGACUACCAAGCCUACUACCACAACCCCUAAGCCUACUACCACAACCCCUGAGCCUACUACCACAACUCCUGAGCCUACUACUACAACUACUACAAUUACUCCAACUACGACAGAAGUUUUUGAGUCUUGA